AGGCGGACUGACCAGCAUUGGCUAACAAGCAACAGUGGGAUACUGCCGGAAAUGCCCCAGGUGCAUGCUGACAGAGGCUCUCUGACACAUACCAGGGAAGACCUAACCUGAGGGUGGAGAGGACACAUCCAUAGCCUAAACACAGGUAGUGCUUGAGAAACUGCAGACCAAGGAUCUACACAGAGGAAUGAACACUGCAAGAAAUCAUAAUCACGUGAUGAUUUUGCAUUAUGGCAGUCAAACGAGAGCAAAAGUGUUUCCAGAAACUGCGGAAUAUCAACCUACAACUGCAGCAACAGUGCAGGUGUUAGCAAGACCUUUCCUGCAGCCAACUCACCAAGUACCUCCCAAAAUUUCAGCAGCAAGAUCAACGGAUGGUCAUGUCACCUCUCAAAGAGCUGCCACAACCUCCAGCUCCGAGCCCCCAGUCACACACGCAACAGUAAAAACUCUAGGAACAACUUCCUUGGUAACUGUAAGCAGUACCCCAUCUACCAGCCCCACGAUUCACACGCUAGUCACAACCCCGCCCACACCCAGUAACUCACACACAGCUGCUCCAGGCACUGAGGCUUCCAUUGGCCCCAGGGUACCACCAGGUUCACUGUCAACCACCAUCACCCCACCAGUCCACACAACAGGAAACUGCCCCACAACUAGGAAAACCACCCAACCCAGUAACCAGACCACCCUUCCAGCAACAUUGUCCACCUCACCAUAUAACAGCACAACCAGUCAGAAGCUUACUCAACCCACGCACACCCCAGGAGCAACCACAGCUGUUCGCAAUACCACCCAGACGGACUCACCUGCCACCAUGGUUCCUAGGCCCACUCUGGCACCUCAGCCUUCAUCAGCCAAGACCGGAAUUUAUCAAGUCCUAAAUGGAAGCAGGCUCUGUAUCAAAGCAGAGAUGGGGAUAGAGCUAAUGGUUCAAGACACAGAGUCGGUUUUUUCACCUCAGAGAUACUUCAACAUCGACCCCAAUGCAACACAAGCCUCUGGGGACUGUGGCUCUCGAAAAUCCAACCUUCUCUUGAAUUUCCAGGGCGGAUUUGUGAAUCUCACAUUUAUGAAGGAUGAAAACUCAUAUUAUAUCAGUGAAGUGAGAGCCUAUUUGACAGUCUCAAAUCCAGAGAAAAUUUACCAAGGAAUGAAAAGUGCUAUGGUGAUGUUUGAGACUGCAGUUGGACAUUCCUUCAAGUGUGUGAGUGAGCAGAGCAUCCAGCUGUCAGCCCACCUUCAACUGAAAACAAUGAAUGUUCAAUUUCAAGCCUUUGAUUUCGAAGAUGACCACUUUGGAAAUGUUGACGAGUGUUCAUCUGACUACACAGUUGUGCUUCCUGUGAUUGGGGCCAUUGUGCUUGGUCUCUGCGCUGUGGGUUUGAUUGUCUAUGGAAUCCGCCUAAGACGUGAAUCAUCUGGAUACCAGAGAAUCUAAUUGGUGCCCAGAGGAAAAGAACAUAAUGGAGUUUAGAGAAUUCUUUCAUCAUUUCCAGGAUGUUGGGGACUUCCCUUAGUGUGAAGCCUUCCAACAAUGUAAACCACCGUCUUUCACAAAAACCAAGUCAUUUCUAGAUUAAAUUCAAGCAGCAAAUCAAUUUCUACAUAUUUUUUGCUUAUUUUAUGAAAGAUCUAGUGUGCUGCUUGAGUAUUUUCCAAGUCCCUUCAAAAUAUUUUAACCAUUCAAAUCAAUAUUUGAGAUAAAUUAACAUAAUGCAUGUAAAGUGGUAUAUGCUCCCAAACUAUAAACUAAAAUGUCAAUUGUAAUUAAUGCUACCUGUGCACAUUUGGGAUUUUAUUUUAUCCUUCAUCUUUCCCAAUUAAAAAAAAUGCCUCUGCUUUGUCUAUGAAAUGGACUUCCAGCACUUUGCUUAUCCAUGUUUUAUGAUAUACAUAUGUCUGAUGAUCUGCUUACCUCCUUUUCCACUUUAAUUUUUUUAUUCAUCAAAAAACCCACUAUAUCACAGUUUGCCUAGGUCUGAUGUAACACCAAGAGAAAAAAAUCAGCUUAUUCUUUUCUUCUUGACUCCUCCUGCAGAAUCACUAAAGGCUAAGAACUAGGUGGCUAUAGACAACAGAAUUAAAUAAUAAUCAAGAAACAUAACCCUUAAUGUUCGAACUCAUACAUGCCAGACACUUGGCUAAGUUUAAAUACAUCCCAUUUAAUUCUCCCAACUUAUAAAUGAGUAAACUCAGACUUAAGGAAAUUGAUCACCUCAGUGUCACCCAGCUAACAAAUGGCAGAGCCAGAAUUUGACUGCCAGUCUGGUGCCAAGGUCUCUGGACUUCAUUACAUCAACUUGGCUCCAAGAACAAUGACACUGAAUGCUUCCUGAAGCCUCACACUAGCACAUACUCUUUUUUCACAGAGAAAAGGAAUUUCUCCAGAAUCAUAAUAGAUAAAGGGACAUGAAAGGACUUGAUGGAUAAUGAAAUAGCAGAUCUUUAACAAAGUUCUCUACUUCCUUGAAGGAGACUGAGGGGCUCUGUAAAACAUCAUCUUCUCAUUUUUAUGGGACUGUGCAGCUGUGGAUCUAAAGAUAAAGGAAUGGAGUACACAUCUCAAGUCAUUUUUAAUUUCUUUGAAAAUAGAGAAAUCUUCUAACCUCCAACCAACAUUUCUUUCUUGAAUGUAGAUCCCCCCUUGUGGUGACUUGCUUCUUCUGCUUUGUGAGAACCACAUUUUCUAUUCUAAUACCCUUUAUUCUGUAGAGCAGCCUGCCAAGAAUUGUAUUCACUGCUUGUUUUUAAAACUAAGAAAGGAGCUAAGUAUACUAACAGAAAAGACCACAUACCCUUAGCAUUCUUUGGGAAAGGAAUAAUUCAGGUCACCCCAGAGUACAUAUUGACUCUCCUGACUUGUUCUCUUAUGAGUCAGUUGGCUUGGCAAGGUCCUCAGUUUAGUCUUAAUGGAAUUGAAUUGUAUUAAAAGUUUU